UGCACUUCCAUUAUUUUUGGUGUUUUAAAAGACAUCGUCCACCAGCAGAAGGGCAAUAGAGAGAAAGCACUUGCAAACUGGUUGUUUAAAACUUGUGAUGGAAAUAUUUGUAGUUUUCCUUUCUUUGAGCUCAUAUUUGAAUAUGCAUGGUGACUUUUUUUCUUCCAUUAGCCUUUUAACAUUUUUUGCUCAUUUUCCCCCCUCUCUAGCAUUAUUGAGUGGAGCUGCAAUAGGACUUGAGAAUCCUGGUUCCGUAGGCGUGGGCCAACAAACUACCCCCAGCCUCAACCUGACCAGUCAGACUCAUCCCAGUUCUAUAGAGAGAGCUUACGCAGUCCUUGGCCUAACCUAUCAGGGCAACCAGAUGCAGUUCCAAAUCCAAGCUGAAGUGAACAAUCAGCCGGCAGGACAGUCCCCACAGGGGGUGGGCCCCAUGAACACCAUGAGUGCCAGUCCCAUGAGAGUAAAUGGAGGAGGGGGGAUUCAAACCCCCAAUCUGCUUUUUGAUCCAACCAUGCAUUCAGCGGUGAAUUCUCUAAACACAAUGUUAAGCGAAAAUGCCAGUGUUGCCAACUUGGGGGCCAUGCCAACAGCAGCCCAACCAUCCAGUACUGGAAAUCGGAAACCAUGGCGUGAAGAUCUUACUCAGGGCCUCCGAAAUCACUCUGUUCAUCGAAUUGUCCAAGCUAUAUUUCCCAUUCCUAAUCCUGCAGCUUGGAAAGACAGGCGAAUUCAAAACUUGUUUGAAUACGCUUGGAAGGCAGAAGGUGAGAUGUAUGAAUCAGCAAAUAGCCGAGCGGAGUACUUUCAUCUGUUAUUUGUGAAGAUCUGUAAGAUCCGGAAGGAACUGGAGGAGAGGUGGAGAACUAGACUCAGAAUCGGAGCGUGAUGCCGAAUGCCCCACGCAUGCCACCGCCAGCUUCCAUGAAUCAAGGGCCCAGUAUGGGGCAGCCACAGCAAGGAAUUUCUGCUAGUAAGGGCUGUUGGGAUUGUGGUGGUGGUGAUGCUAAUACGUUGGAGGAAUCUUGGGAGAUUAAAUGCAUGGGGAUGGAAUGCACUCUCCCCUCCCAAAAGCUGCUUCAAGUUCCAUUGUCAAGGAGGGCUUGAAACCGCUCUUGGUCUUUGAAGAAUUCUAGCCAGUGUUCAUCUGGAUGGGUUCUCUGAACUACCUCUAAGAUUGUCCCUGUAAACAAGUGGGUUCUCAAGAUUCAAGAGCUGUAGAGAUUUGAGAGCAGCCAGGAAUACUUCUUAGAAUUGAAGAACCGAUUUGGAUUGUGGAAGCCAGGGGACCGACUUGGUCCCUAAUCGUGGAGGUGGUACUUUGGUGGGCUGGGUAGAUCUGGGGCUGUUGCAGAGGGCCCAUCCUCUCCAAGGUCCUGUGGCUCCUCACAGAUGCCCCAAAACAUUCCCUGGGACAUGUUUAAUCCUGAUUUGGCCAAGUUCCAAUAGUGGUGAUUAUGGUCUGCCAGUUUCAUUUUCCCUUUACCUUUGUGGCAAAAUCAUCAUUUUCUGUUUUAUGAUGAGUUUCUUUAAUGAAUUACCUUACGCUGCCUCCAAGACAGCUGCAUUUGAUUGAGGGAGGGGGCUUGUGAGGUAACUUGGUGGAGCCAGGAUGAAACAUGGCUCUCUUCUGACACACCUAUUACCAUUUCUUUACAUUUCCUGCGAAAAUACUAAUAAUAUAAUAAUAAUGGCAUUUGUUAAGUGCUUACUACAUGCCAAGCACUGGGG